AAUAAAUAAAUAAAUAAAAUGAGAAAAAUCAGUUUGGAGAGAGGUGGCGGAGCAAAUUGAAGGGCCUAUAACCUUAAAACCCCUUUGAAUUUCUAAAAUUGGAACCCUAAAGACCUAAACACUAAAAAUUAGGUAGUAAAUCUGUGAGAAGAAGAGGCACAGCAGCAUGAAGAUGCCUCGGAGACCGAUCCAAGCCGUAACGACAUGGGUAAAGCGGCAACCGCCCAAGGUGAAGGCCUUCCUGGCCGUGAUCACCGGCAUGGCGGCGCUGGUGAUGCUCCGAGCCAUCGUCCACGAUCACGACAACCUCUUUGUCGCUGCCGAGGCUGUUCACUCCAUUGGAAUCUGCGUCCUCAUCUACAAGCUCAUGAAGGAAAAAACUUGCGCUGGGCUUUCUCUCAAAUCCCAGGAGCUGACAGCUAUGUUUUUAGCUGUUAGACUGUAUUGCAGCUUCGUCAUGGAGUAUGACAUACACACUUUGCUUGACAUGGCUACGCUGGCUACAACUUUGUGGGUUAUUUAUAUGAUUCGUUUUAAUCUAAAAUCGAGUUACAUGGAGGACAAAGACAAUUUCGCAAUGUAUUAUGUGGUGGUUCCAUGUGCUGUUUUAGCUUUUUUAAUUCACCCAACUACAUCGCAUCACAUUGUAAACAGGAUCUUCUGGGCUUUCUGUGUAUACUUGGAGGCAGUUUCGGUGCUACCUCAACUCCGUGUCAUGCAGAACACUAAGAUUGUUGAACCAUUUACAGCACAUUAUGUAUUUGCACUGGGUGUUGCGAGAUUCUUAAGCUGUGCUCACUGGGUUCUACAGGUUUUGGAUAGUCGUGGCCAUCUCCUAGUGGCAUUGGGUCAUGGUCUAUGGCCUUCUAUGGUUCUGAUAUCUGAAAUUGUGCAAACUUUCAUCUUGGCAGACUUUUGUUACUACUAUGUGAAAAGUGUUUUUGGAGGACAGCUGGUUUUGCGCCUUCCUUCGGGGGUAGUGUGAGUGCUGAUUGCAACACACACACGCCUUCUGUUUUCUAUAUUCUUUUGCUCUCUAUAGCGUUCCAGGGACAAAGUGGUCAAGUGGGGAGUGGAUGUAAUUUGUAGUUGACAGUUGAAGCAAAACGUGAUUAUCCUGAAUGAGUUGACCUUGGAGAAAUCUCAAUGCUUUCUGAACACUAACUUACGAUCUGAGAAUAUGUAUUUCAUCGAUGUUUUAUCCCCUCCCUCCCUAAGCUUUAAAGCUGUGCAAUGGGUUGUUUAUCUUAUUCUCCAA